CCCACCAGCCCGAGUCACAUGACGUCAUACCAGAGUCAACUGUGUCCAGCUGAUCUACAGGUGCAGUUAACGCUCGGAGCGCUAGGUCCUGGAUACUACUACUUCUACCAGGCCGGAGAAGAUGGGCUGCUGCUUUAGUAAGGAGCUCAACCCCGGCCUGCAGAAUGAGAGGAGCAAUCUGUUACAGCCCCCGCUCCAUGAUGGGCUGACUGAAGUGACGGAGCAGGUCAGGCAACAUGCUGCGGCUGUAGCUCAGCAUGUGUGCUUAGAGGAAGAAGAGACAUGUGUGCCAGACGGGCCGGUCCGGAGGAAGCCUCCGGGGGAUGAGGAAAGCCAUCCGGAACUGGACAACAAAGUUUGUACAAAGGUCGCUGUGGCCAACAGGGACAGCACCACGCGGAGUGAGAGGGAUCUUAAACCAGCGAGCUUUCACGAGGAGAAGGAGGCUAUUAUUAUCACAACCACCACCAAUAUACAUACAAACACGGACACAGAGGCAGGUGUGGCACACAUUGCCAGGCCCAGCUGUGAACCGGCUCCCUAUAUGGAGGUGCCAACACAGAGUCCAGUCAGACAGAAGAUUUUGGAGAAUGCCACGCUCAGGGCUUUAUGGUUCAAUCAGCUCCCAGAGAGGCAGAAGCUGCACAAACCAGCGAGCAGUUGGUCGGCUCCCGCCAGGUUACCCCCCGCUAACUGCACGGGCAACGUCACAGUGAGUGAGCUGUCAGAUCACCAGGCGCUGGUCAGUUUAUGUCCGGGAACACAGCAGGAUUCCCCCAAAGCUGAGCACAAGGAUGAGGAAGUCUGUGUUGUCACGACACUGUGUCAAGGUUUCGAAACAAGGACCCAGAGCUUCUACAGCAUAUGUUCCAUUGACGCCGAUGACCUUGAACAUGACCACGAUCAAAGCCAAUCCCAAACAGCUGGAGCAACACAGUCACUGCACACAGCUGAAGGAGAAACAGCUGCUCUCCCCUCCACAGUGCAGUCUCCGGUCGCCAGCCAAUCAAACAUUGAGGCAUCUACAGUCUGUGACCAGCCAUGUGUCGCACAAUCUAAAAUGACCAGCCAGUCACAUGAUGAGGAAGCAGCUUCAACACAGUCACAUGCUGCUGAACAGUCUUCCACUGUCCCGUCACAUACACACUCAGAUAAUUCACUCUCAGAAGAGAAGACAACCUCAGCUCAACCUGUUGUGUCUCCACAGCUGGCAGAUCCUCUGCCUGACCCGCUGCCCCCAUCCAGCAGUCAAAUAAAUAAGGAGGACCAUCAGGUGUCCGCACCACACAGCCCGCAUCGUCAAGAUUUGAAUUGCCAGACAGCUGCAAAGGAUACAGAUGAAUCCAUGGAUGUAUUGUUGAGUGUAUGUGUGGAGGAGAAUGAAUGUGUGGAGAGUGAGACUGUGAAGGGCUCAGAGGAGAAAACGGUUACAGAGGAGUGUGUGUGCGAGGAGAGUGUGUGUUCAGAGGAGCCGAGUGUGCACUUGGAGGACGACAGAUCAGCAGAGAGAGUCUUUAAUGCCACAGAGGAAACAGUGGCUGACUUCCAGGGGAGAGAAUUAGAUCAGCGUGUGGAUUCUGACUUAAAUCCUCUGGACGAUCAUCUGCGUGAGUGUGACCUGAUAAAAGAGGAGCACAUCCAAAGUUCACAACCAGCCACUGAAUCUCCUGAACUGAAUACUUACAGUCAGAGGCCCAGUUCUUCACAGCUUGACCUCGAGCUGUUGCACAAGGAGGAGAGUGAUGCUUUGCCUCUCUCUGGAGGACAUAUUGAGAUGGAUAAACCCUCCCUGCAGAGCCAGGCCAUCCCUGUGAGUUUCUGCAGAAGCCACAGUGAGGAGGGUGAUGUUGUCCACAGCAGCACAGCAGAUACAACUCUUACAGAGGUAUCGUCAAUUUCCACCAUCUCUGCUGUGUCAUCACUGCCCAUUGAACUCACUGCCUUCUCCUGUCACAAAGAUUUGACACCUAUCACAGAUUUAACUAACACCACAUCUCACCAAUGUGACUCCAUCGCAUCUGACAAAUUAGAUGUGAAUGCAAACGAUUUGAGCAGCAUUAAGCCUCCUAGUGAAGACGCUGAACCUCCAUCCACUGAAUCUGAGCAUAGUGAUGCCAGGUUUGAUUACCGUGACAAACAGAUUGAGGAGGUGGUGUCUGGCUCAGACAAGCUUUCGCAGGAUGUCCUCAUGAGCGGAGAUGACAGACAGGCAGUCAAAAAACCAAAGCCAGAGAGCAGCAAACAUGUCGAGGGAGGUGAUGUUACAAUUGAUUUAACUGGAUUGAGCCACAACACCUCUAACCUAGAGAUGAGUGAUGAAAAAUGUGAUGUGUUUUCUGAGCACUGUGACGACUGCACAGCUGUAAAUACAAGCAUCACUCUUCAGGACCCUGAGGACCCCGAAAGCUGCAAUGAGGAUUCAAGUCUCAGUCCUCUCACACAGCCUCCGCCUGCUGAAAGCGAGCUUUCUUUUAUCACUUCCUCCACUCCACUCCCCUCUUCUUCGUCUCCUUGCGCAUCUUUGGGGGAAGAUGAGCAGAGUUUUUGUGCUGCCACUGUGAGUGAAAGCAGCCAAAUCCAAAUGAAGGUAAAUCCACCAGAGGAAGUAUCCAUGUAUGAGUGUAGGGAAGAAGAAGAGACAGUUUCACAGGUAACGCAGAUUUACCCCUUCUCUAUGCCAAUUAAGCAUGAAUCUUCAGAUACAUCAGAACAGCAGUCCCACAGUCCUCAACCCCCAGAUAUACUUACCUCCAGUGUUUGCUCUGACUGUGUGACCCCUCGAGUCGAUUUUGGCCUGCAGCAUGACACUGCUCACUGUUUACCUCAACCUGGAGAUUCAUCAAAUGGAAUUCACCUGGAGGGAAUUAAUGAGAUGAAGACGUCUCAGGAGGAGCAGCCCACACAAAACGGAGAUAUUGCUGCAGAAACUCCCAAUAUUUCAGCUACAGAGACACCGUGUGAAAGCGUUGAGGUCCAUGCCCACACCAGCAUCUGUGAUACGUACAUGAUUCCUAAUGACUUCAGUUGUCAGGAUGACAGAACUUUGGUUUUGGACUGCCAGGAGGAGCACACCGUGAUCACAGUUGACCCAGGUCAGAUUGACAUUUAUGCCUCAACUCCGUCUUAUGAGAUUCACUUAGUUGGUCAUGAACUGCCGUCAGCUGCUGAGGAGGGAGAGAGGGAAGGAGGGAUGAAGGAGAUGGUGUCUGAGCUGCUGGGAGAGGACGCAGACUCGUCAGUCUGUUGCCUCUAUCCUGAUCCCUGGAUCAAACUGGGUCUGGAGGACAGGUCCAUGGGCUGGGCUCAGGGGGCAUCUGAGACUGAGUUCAGCCAGGGUGAGAGCAAGGCAGGCAUUGAUGCAGAGCAGAUCCCAGCCUUGGUCUCAGAGCUCCAGCCCUCUAUGGCUCUGCUAGGAGCUUAUCCCUACAGCACUGUGAUGCCUCAGGGAUUGUGUGUGUGGGACUGGCACACAGAUUGCACUCAGUCUGAACCCGUUGCUGCUCCUAGCCUUAACCCUGAUGCUGAAGUAUGGACCAAUCAUAACUUUAACUUAGACCUCCCUAGCACCGCCUACCUUCCGGCUCAGCAGCCAUGGCUGCAGUUCUCCAACGAUCUGACCAAUCACAAAGGGUACGUGCCAGAGUUCCAGCUGGAGAACAUGGGCCUGGUUGAGGCUGUGGCUGAUCCCAGCUCACUGGAGUACCAGACGCUGGCUGCUGAAGCGCCUAUAGAUAAUGGAGAGUCCGUUGACCCACCUGUCACAGAUGAGAUCAGAGAAGAGCUGAGGACAGCUUUGGAGUCCUGCCUGACCAGGGAGCACCUUGGCAGCGACCUGUACCUCAAAUCUCAGAUGGACAGUGACCAGUACAUUUCCAUUGCAACUCUAGCCAGCCUCGACAAGAUCAAGAAUCUCAGCACGGACCUGGACCUCAUCUCCGACAUCCUGAAGGCCCUGCCACUGGUCCAGGUGGCUCCGUGUGGACAGAAGGUUCGGCCCAGACAGAGUCGAUGUGUUCUCAUCCUUCGUGAGAUCCCUAACACCACACCUCGAGAGGAGGUGGAAGCUCUCUUUGAGGGGGAGAACCUGCCCAAGUUCCUGAGCUGUGAGUUUGUAAGCAACGAUAACUGGUUCAUCACCUUCAAAUCCGAAGCCGAUGCACAACAGGCCUACAAAUACCUCAGAGAAGAGGUUCGGGUGUUUAAGGGAAAGCCGUUAAUGGUAAGGAUAAAGGCCAAGACCAUGGCAGUCAUUUCCUACGCUCCAAAAAAUGGCUACAGACCCACCCAGCUGGAUCAGUGCGGCAAUCAUUACGGCUCCUACUUUCCGCCGACCACCUACCAGCAGCCAUGCCCCGCCCACGUGGCAGCACAACAGCUGUACGAUUUCACCAGUGAGAUGUGGGCUUCAGCUGCAUCCGGAUACCAAAAAUGUUCUGAGCCUCCAUCAUUGAAUGAUUUCAUGAAUGGAUUUGCAGCAGCUUCCAACUUCAAACCUCACAACCCACACAGGCCGAGGAGAGGCUCGAGAUGGUCAAACUCUGGAGACCGUUGGCAGGUCCAUCAGAAUGACUCCUCACACCCAGAGCAGGCACCGCUGGAGCGCUCCUCUUCUCCGACGAAGCCGGGUCGAGGGUGGUCGCGGGGCAACAUGCGCCGUCAGAGCAGAGGUGGAAGGUUGGAGCCCAACAAGCAAGUUGUGUCAGCCACUUCUGAGCGGGGAAGGAGAGGAAACUUCAGCCACAGGAGGAGAGAGAACCCAAGGUCAUGGGACAAAUCUGCUGGAAACAAUCGUAAUCCAUCAAGUCAGUCGCCUCCUCGUCAGCCGUCUCCUCCUCUUGAACUUGGGCUGACGAGCUUCCCUCCUCUUCCUCUUGCAAACAUUGCCAUAGCAACCGUACCUGCAUCCAACAGCAAUGUCAAGGGUCCAGUCAAAAGCAGCAGCCCCAGUGCAGCAGUGCCCACAAUUUCACAAGAGCCUCAGCCAGUCCCACAGCAGAAUGUGAAGGAGAUCGUAGAGACAACCAGUGAGGCCAAACCCACUCAGCUCACACAGGAACAAGUCACAGAGUCCAGAAAGCCAAGCUACGCUGAGAUCUGCCAGAGAGCAUCAUCCAAUGAGCCGCUCCCACCUGCUGACCACGCCCCCUCAGAGGCAAACCACAUCCCAACCUGUCCGGGCCACACCACCAAACCCAGCUCUGUUACCAUGGUGAUCAGAUAAGCUGGAGAGAGACACCUAUGAUGUUCUUUUUCUUUUUCUUUUUCUUCUGUCUUACAAGCUCAGAGUGUAUUAUUGUACUGUCCUAAUUGUGCAAACAGGCUGCAUGUUUACUACGAAGAAUGAUUAGUAUGUGUGUAUAAUUCACAGUGCAGGAUGGCUGUUAGCAUAUAUUACAUCAAGUACCUAACACAGCUUUUAAAUCAACUAAAUUUCGGUCUGGAUCUGUAAACUGAACCCACACACAAUGUGGCAGGGGGGUUCUUACUGCUGGCCUGGUCAGGACAGUAUGGUCUGGUGUGGGUCUGGGGGCAUUAACCACUCAGGAUGUCAAAGCCAGCUUUUCAGUUUUUAGACAGGAAGCUGGGAAGAAUCUGUAAAUGUUGACAUGCUACUUAAUGUUAGUUUUAUUUCUUGGUUUGUGGUUCAGGUAAGUUUAUCGAGAGCCCGGUUCUGUUUUUUAGCCUUGUUUUGCUGACGGCACCGGCACCUCUGUCCCGGCUGUUAGCGUGUGUUGUGUGUGUUGUGUGUGUGUGUGUGAUGAUUUCUUGCUGUACAGGAUGUUCUGUCAUGAUCCUGAACUUCUUUUGGUGUUUUUUAUUUCCUUACAUCUGUGUAAUGCUUUAGUCUACAGGGCAGCUGUGGGCACACAUGAUGCUUUUUCUCUAAAUGUUAGUGCUAGUCACCCAAAUUUCUUUCCUUUUCAGUAGGUGAGACGUCAAGGCCUGUAAUGAACCAAGGUUCAGUGUGUAUUAGUGAGUACUGGGAGGAUCACACCUGUAUUGAUUUGAUCUUGCUAGUCAAGGAAUCAAAUUGAACUUGAAAGUAUGUUCCCCUGAGAAACACUGUAUCAAUCCUUUAUCUCCGCAUGUUUUUUUAAAUUUCAUUUUAGAAUUUAAUUUAUGCCAUAUUUUUAUUUAUGUUAAACAGGAGUGCUUUUGUGUGUUAAGGCUUUAGUUUCCCCUGUGUGGACGAAGAAGUCUAUUGGUUGUACAUCAGUGUCACAAUGUCCAGUGUUUUGGACACAGGUCGUCCCACAAAGGGAAGCAUGCUUUUGCCUGGGUGGGGUAGUUAGUGAGUGUCCAUAAGCAAGCAUUGGUUCAGCAGAAAGGCCUUGAACUGUAUUUGAGAACUUGAGUUUGAUUCAGUCCAAUGUUCUUCUGUUUAAAAUAUAAAAUUUUAAAUGUAAAGCAGUUGUCAUAGAGAGAGAGCAGGUGUGUUUGUGGCACGUGUUACUUUUUCUGUACAGAUGUACAUAAUAUUGAACAAAUAUUAAAGAAGUGCCUU